AUGGAGGCGCCCGUCUUCAGACCCACCGAGCAGGAGUUCGCAGACCCCCUGGCAUUCAUCGCCGGGGUGCGGGAGGCGGCCGAGCCCUGCGGGAUUUGCCGCAUAGUGCCCCCGCCGGGGUGGAAGCCCCCCUUCUGCCUUGACCCCAAGCGGGUGAGGUUCCGCACGCGGGCGCAGGUGCUCAACCAGCUGCAGAGCAGGCGGCUGGAGGCCUGCGAGGCGGACUCCUUCUGGGCGGAGUACAGGAAAUUCGCGCAGGGGCUGGGCAGGCCGCACCAGCGCAACCCCAUUCUCGGUGGCCGGGAGGUGGACCUGUACCGGCUCUCCAAGGCGGUGUCCCUGCGUGGGGGCUUCGAAAAGGUGACUGCCAAGAAGGAAUGGAAGGACGUGGCCAGGGCGGUGCAGGUGCACCUGGGCAACGGCAACACUUCCUACAGCCUGCGCAACCUCUACCAGAAGCACCUGCUGGAAUUCGAGCGCCACAUGGCAGCUGAUGGGGGCGCCGCGGCGACGCCCCCCCGCACGCCAUCGCCGCCGCACAGGCCGGGGCCGGCGCCCCACUCCGAGGGCCCCAUCGCCAACCUGUGCCAGGCGGCCGCCCAGAUGGCCAGGCAGGAGGGGCUGCAGAUGCCCGAGAGCGCCGCAUCCAGGGCCAGCUCCCGGCGGGCUAGCCUCACGAGCGGCGACGAGGAGGCGGUGGACGCCCUGCUGGUGCUGGGCGCUGCGGCGGAGCAGCUCCAGGAGCCCAAGGCCAAAAAGUCAAAAUUCGGCCAGGGGGACGUGUCAGAGGUGGGCGGCCCGUCCGCGGCUCUGGACACCCCCCUGGCGCCCAUCCGGGUGCCGGACAACAUCCACACGCUGCUGUGUGAGCUCUGCGAGGGUGGGCACCACGAGAACCAGAUCGUGCUGUGCGACGAAUGCGACCGGGGCUACCACCUGUUCUGCAUGGUGCCGCCCCUGGAACGGGUGCCCGAGGGCGAUUGGUUCUGCCCCAAGUGCCUGGCCAAGAAGACGGAGAGGUGUGCGUUCAAGGAUGGGCCGGAGCUGACGCUGGCGGAGUUUUCCGAAAUGGCCAGGGCCUUCGAGAGGAACUACUGGGGCGGGGCGCAGGCCGCCCAGAGGGUAACCCCGCAGAAGCUCGAGGAGGAGUUUUGGACCAUCGUGGAAAAGGGUGAAGAUUUGGUGGAGGUGUUCUACGGCGCGGACAUCGACACCAAGGUCCACGGCAGCGGGUUCCCAAAGGGGCAGGACACCUACGGCGCCCACCCCUGGAAUCUCAACAACCUCCCCAAAAACCCGAACAGCCUUUUGAAGCACAUACCCGACGACAUACCCGGCGUCGUCGUGCCCUGGAUGUACGUGGGCAUGCAAUUCAGCUCCUUCUGCUGGCACGUGGAAGAUCACAUGUUCUACAGCAUCAACUACCUCCACUGGGGGGCGCCCAAGCGGUGGUAUGGCGUGCCAUCGCGGGGGGCGGCAAAGCUGGAGGAGGCCAUGAGGACGCACUUGGCCGACCAGUUUGACGCCUGCCCCGAUCUGCUGUUCAAUUUGGUGACCAUGAUGAACCCACAGGUGUUGCGCAACUGCGGGGUGCCUGUCUACGAGGCGAUCCAGGAGGAAGGCGAGUUCGUUGUGACCUUCCCCAAUGCGUACCACGCCGGGUUCAACAUGGGCUUGAACUGUGCAGAAGCGGUGAACUUCGCUCCGGUGGACUGGCUGCGUUUUGGAAAGGCAUCCUGUGACCGUUACAGGAGCUUCAGGCGGCAAGGGGUGGUUGCCCAUGAAGAGCUGCUGCUGCGGGCUGCUCAGGAGCUCCAGGGUGCAAAGGCGUCCCCCCUCCUGCAGUGUGAAAUCAACAGGGUUGUCUCCAGUGAAGCACUCCUGCGGCAUCGCCAUUGGUCCAACGGUUUGCGCAAAUUCGUGAAGAUCAAAUCCGCUAUUGGACUGAAAGAGGGCGACGAGGAGGAUGCUACCUGUUCAAUCUGCCGCCAGUAUCUCCAUCUGUCAGCGGUCACAUGCGCAUCGUGCCCAGGGCGGUAUGUAUGCCUUCUCCACAUGUCCCAGCUCUGUGAGUGCAACGUCUCACAAUACACCCUGCUCUACAGACAUCCACUCCUCCAGUUGGAGGAGAUCUCAGACUCUGUGCGCGUCAAGGAAGAGGAAGUCCAUACCUGUGGUCCAGAGGAAGCCAAGGUAGAAACCAAAAUAGAAGCCAAGGAAGACACCAGUGAUGGACAGGUGGUAGGCGCCAUGAACAGGGUGGGCACGCCUGAUGACCCAGUCCAGGUUGAUGCCGCUGGUGGUGUUGUGGACGCUGCAUCGCCCCCUCAGAGGCCUGUGACUGUCAAGUUCACAUUCAACGGCAGGAAAGGAAAGAAGCGGGGCAGGGAGGGCACCAUGCUCCCAAACACAGAAACGAUGGCCUCGUUCCGGGGAUUCCUGGCUGCAUGGAAGCAGAGAGCAGAGAAUGUCAUAAAAAAUGGCGGCUCCCGGGUUGCAGAGAUUGACAAUCUGCUCAACGACUCUGAGCAGUUUCUGUGGGCUGGAUCUGAGGUUGGGGACGCCAGGAAGCUGCGCGAAAAGCUGCUCAGCGCCAAGGACUGGGUGGCCACUGUGAAGAGGUGCUCUGGUCAUCGUGCCAAGCUAGAGGACCUUGAAAAGGUGGUGAGCUGGCAGCCACCCCCUGCUCGGUUCUCCAACCUGAGCGCCCUGCGCUCGUUGUAUGAAGCCAGCCGGGAUUGGGUGGCGAGAUGCGCAGAGCAAGGAGACAAAGUGAUGAGCGUGGAUGCUCUGGAGGUGUUGGUGACAAAGGGGCAGUCACUGAACGUCGACUUCCCUCAACUCCCUGGGAUGGAGACACGACUGAAGAAUGCCCUUGAUGUUCGGUCCACCCUGCAGAAUAUUCUGAACAUGGGCCCAGAUUCCUGUGGUGUCCGUGCAGAUGCUGUCCAUCUCAGGCGACUGCAGCAGCGGGCGUCUCACGCUGGCGUGGAGAUGCCUGAACUGCAGGGCGUCCAGAAAUUGCUGGAAGCUGUACAGAAGUGGCAGGACAAGGUGAGACAGAGGCUGGGGAUGACGGUGCCACUCCCUGAGCUGAGGGAGCUCCUUGAGGAGGCGAUGGAGCUCAGGGCGUACACCCCUGAGGUGGGAACGCUGCAAGUGCUGAUCAAAAAAGCUGAGGACUGGAGUGCACUGGCUGCUGCGAGCGUGAAACGCCAGGACUCAUUGAAGAAGAUGCGCGAGGUUCUCCACAGUGGAGAGCGCCUUGGAGUGGUUAUGAAGGAGGUGGAAGAGCUCAGAGGGGUGCUGCGCCGCCGUGAGUGGGAAGCAUCUGCAAAGCGUGCACAGAACAACCGGCAGACGAUUGCAUCACUUCAGGAGAUUUUGGCAGAGGCAAUAUCGUUUGGCGCUGAAGACUCUGAGCUGUAUGCAGCACUUUCCAACCGGCUGACAAAGGCAAUGGCGUGGAAUGAGCAGGUUUCGGCACUCAUGAAGGCUCUAGAUGACGACUCUACCCAUGAGGGUGACAAACCAUCGCUUGAAGACCUGGAAGCACUGGUGAAGGCAGGCACUGCGCUGCAUUUGCGGAUGGAGACCAUGCAGAGGACGACAUCCUUAUUGGCCAGCUGUAACGCCUUGAAAUCGCGUGCUGCGAAAAUUGCAUCGCGCAUUGGGACAACCUCGCCCCCACACUUGGAGGAAGCUGCAAAGGUCUUUGAAGAUGCUCUAGGUCUCAAGUUAAAGAUUCCUCAACUUGAGGAACUGCGUACCAGUUUUGACAAGACCACAGCUUGGUGUGGAAAAGCCAGGGCAGUGCUUGAAGGCUGGUCAACGGAGCCCAGUGGCCCUGCCCUGGGAGAGCUGUGUGGUGAGGCUGGUGGCUUGCACUUCAAGACGGACGAAAUGGACGAUGUCCUGGCCCUGGACGCCAGAAUGCGAAUUCAGGCUCUCAUUGGAAGAGUGUUUGCUGAUCAUGUGGCAGCAGACAUCCCCUGUGGAUGGAAUGACCAGCUGGUGCCCCUUGAUGUGCAGCACGCGUCACCAAUCACGGCCCUGAAGGCCAUGUUCUCGGAUGCUGUGCAAGCACAGACUGCUGGACAGCGCGUGUCGCUGCCCGAUCGGCCAGAGCCAGAGGCAGGUUUUGCCCUGCUUCGCAUUGCAGAGGAGGUUGGCGUCUCGGAGAGCAUCAGAUCGGAGGUGGAUCAGAUUUUGCAGACUGCAGUGCAUGUUCAGAGCCAGAUGAAGCAGGCCUUGCAGGCACCCAGCCACAAUGGGUUUGUGGCUGCGAAGAAGACAGUGGAUGAGGUGUUCAGUUUGCUUGGGGAGGCUCUGAAGUCCCCCUUCCGACUUGAGGGCAUUAUUGAGCUUGAGGAGAUCAUUGACAAGCACAGGCGCUGGGAAACACGUGCAAAGGAGGUUAUAUUACGUCAGGACAAGGCCCGUCUUCCCUGGAGUGAGGCUCAAGGUUUGAUUCAGGAGCUGCAGAAGAGCCCAGUCUCUGCGGGCAGCCUUGGCGAGCGCCUCAGCUCCUUUGCAGAUAAUGUCAAGGCCUUCAUGGACCAACUGAAGUGCGACGUUGCUCGUCCAGGCGGGGGCUCCAAGAUGGGGCAGGUCUUCGGACAUUUGGUAUCCUCAGUCCGCACAGUUCACAGGCGUGUUGACUGCACCGACAUGGGCAGCACAACUGACUGCAAUGGGCACGACGCACCAAGGCAAACUGACGACUGCCUUUGCUUCCAGUCCAGAGGAAACGAGGCAGCACUGAGCUGCAGUGACUGCAAGGAGUGGUUCCACGCGAAGUGUGUGGGUGCUCCUGUCGCACAGAGCAAGUCGAAGAAAUGGGUGUGCCCAUUGUGCCAGGCGGCGAGGGGCCAUCCGGAGGCCCUCGCUGUGUGCUCGGGGAAGUUGCGGAAGACGGGGAGACCCAGCCUGACGAAGCUUGAGGCGUUGCUGCAGGGGGCCAGGGCCCUGGAGGUUUGCAUUCCAGAGGAGGAACAGCUCUCAGAGAUAGUUACUCUCUUCAAUUCCUGGCAGGCUCGGGUUCUCGGUCUUUUAGACAGCAAUGACGAAGCGCGGAAGCUUCAGGCGGGCGACGCCCCUGCGGUGCCGGAGGCGGUGCUACGCAGCGUCCUGAAGGGCGUGCUGCACGUCGAGGUGGACGCAUCCUGGCUGCUGGAGAGGGUCAGCGAGGCGCUCAGGUCCGAGCGGUGGCGACGGAAGGCCGCGGCGACCGUCAAGAACUCGCUCAAGCCGCCCAUCGACUCCCUGCAGCGCCUGCUGGGCGAGGGCUGCGCACUGCACAUCGACCCCAGCAAGGACGCCACCUUCCUGUCCAUACAGGCCUCCGUGUCCCAGGGCCGCCAGUGGACGGACCGCGCCCAAACGCUUUACGGCGACCUGCGCCGCUGCUCCGGGCAGCCCAUCGACGACCGCAACUCGGAGCUGCUUCGCCGCAUCCGCGACCACGUCGCCGCGGCGGAGGCAGUGCCCUGCCGCGUGGACGCCACCCUGCUGGAGGGUCUGCGCGAGAAGUCGAUGCCCUACUGCCUGUGCGCCACGGUCUACGACGAGAACCGGCCCAUGCUGGGCUGCGAAUUCUGCGACCGGUGGUACCACUACGAGUGCGUGGGCCUCAAGUCGCCGCAGGAGCACGAGGUGGACGAGGAGGUCGCGCCGGACAACUACAGGUGCCCGCACUGCUGCAUGGAAGCCGCGCAGGCCUACCCGCACUGCCUGCAGCGCGACCACGCCGACGCCCUGGCGCGCCAGUACGGCCGACAGGCGCCCGAAAGAGACUCGGGGUCAAUCUCGGGGCAUAUGGAUGGCUGCAAGCGGGAGAAUGGUGAUCCGUGCGCCGGGAGUGUGGAGCGCGGUGCGGCGUCUGAGGCUGGGACGUCGGAUGGGGGCAGCCCGCUGUUGGCGGGGCCCAGCGGGGGAUGCGCGGGCGGUUCGGGCAACGGGCGCCCGCUGGGCAUCAGCCCCGCGGCGGUGGACGAGUUCAUGGUGGCGCUGGGCGUGCCGUCGGCGGGGGGGCUGGUGAUGACGGUGGAGGACCAGCUGCGUGCGCUGGACGUGCUGGAGCAGAUGAUCAAGAACAAGAAGGAGGAGCUGCGGGCGCAGCUGUGCGGCAACGGCCGGCGCUGA